AUGGUGAGGGAGGCGCACGAGCUCCUGGACGGCAGCAGACCCAUCCCCAUCGAUAAAAUAACGUACGAGCUUUCGCAGAAUAUUAUCCUAGCAUUUGACAGCAACGAACUGGCUACAAGUAAAGACACGCAAAUUGAAGUGGAGACAAGAAUAGGGCUCGUGAUAGACAAAAAUAAGAAUAGGAUAAGAUUGCCAAGCAACACAGAUGCCAUCGUAGAGAAUAAUUAUUCGGAUUUUUCCUCAGGGGUGGACAAACAAUCGUUUGAUUAUCUGCUAAAUUAUUUACACUCCCUGCGGGGAAAGGAGGGGAACAAAUGGGGCGCCAACUACGGGGAAGUCAAUAAUCGGGUGGACAACACAAACAUGUUAAAGGGGGGAAAGGUACAAAGUGAGAAUAGAGAUUUUCCCCCCGGUUAUGAAGAAGAACAAUUUCGCCAAAGGGAUAAUUAUAUAUGUGAAUUUUUUUCAACAAAAAAGGUGAAAAGUGUAGAUAAAUAUUACGUCCUUUCGAAUGAGAACUCCCGCAUUCGUGUCACAACUUAUUUGGAUGAGGACGCAGGUGGGGAGAACGAAAGCAUGGCCAAGUCGCUGUGCAAAACGAAUUUAAACACGUGGAAUAUCUACAUGGGGAAUAAUAAGGACUACUUUGAUGAUGACGAUGAUGAAAACGACGAUACUGAUGAGGAGGAUGCGAAAGGGAAGAAGAAACGGAAGACUGACCAGGGCGGGAGGGGACAUACCCAACCAGGUGACGAAUGCGUAGACUACAGAAUUGCAAUUAACCUGGAACAAACCAAACGAAUAAGCAAAUUAUUCCUGUCGAAAAUUUCACCUGUACAUGAAAGGGUAAAAGAAAGAACUUCCUUCAUAAAUAAAUUUUUGGGUAUCCAACUGGACUUGACAAAAAUAAAAACGAAGGAUGAUGGAGGAGGAGAAAUUUACGAAAUUGAAAUUGAAAUUCUUUCGAAAAGUAUUUUAAAAGCUAUGUCAAAUUUACGUAACAAAAAUGACUCAAAUUAUUUGCUUUUUAUUUGUUCCAAUUUGAUAAAUAAUGCGAGGGGGAUAUGUAGGGAGUUGUGUAAUUUUAGGAGGAGGCAAACAUUGGGGAAAGAUCUUAGCCUGGAUUGUGGGGAGGACAAGAAUAUGCAAAGCAGUUAUGUGCAUUCAUCGAAGGAAAAAAAGAAAUUUGAAAAAUAUAUCCACUCGGUCACCCCUAUCAUUGGGGAUUACAUGUACAGGGUUGUUGCCAAAAAUGAAGAAAAAAUUCAUAACAUGCUCGGCCAGGAAAGCCUGUCCAACAAGAGCAAAAUUGAGGCUUUGCAAAAACUUAUCGACAUUCGACGCCACAAUAAAAAGUCUGUCAAGAAGAUCAGCGAGACGUAUGCAGAGAAUCGCUGGAGGGUUGUUCGCACGCAGGGAACGCAGGGCGAAAUAGUAUUGGUCAGUGACGGAAGUGAGGGAACGGAAGAAUUGGACGAAAUGGCCGAUGUGGAGAACGUGGAACCCACAGGAUUCAACUUCGACAACAGCAGCGCCAGUGGCAGCGAAGGGGAGGGAAACAAAGGCGAAAAGGGCAGCACAAAAAUCGACAACAGUAAGUAUAAGAGUUUCUACAGCGACACGUGA